GGUUCGUGACUGAGGUGCUCAGAACCUUGUUAGUGUAAAUAAUAAUUACAGGGCAGAAGUGUUCGGCUCAAAAGUCUUCAUAUGCGUGGGGUUACUAAGUCCUAGCUUUCUUGCAGCUACAGAUAAUUUUCAUAGCGUGGGGAGAUGUUUUCUGUGCACCUCUUUGAGAUUUGGAUCUCUGCUUUUAUUUUUUUUUCCUCCUCCGCUGGAACCAUCUUCCUUAUUUCCAGAAUUCAGGAUUUUUAUCUUAGGAAGGGUAUUGCUGUUCUGGUUUUUGUCUCUAGUGCGUUAGCCUUUCUGCUGUCCGAGCAUGGUUUUAGACUCUCUUCCCGUGUCCUGGACACGGUGAGAGUAUUUUCAGCAUUGUGGUGGCUGUGUGCAAUUGUUAUUUUUCAGAGUUUUGUUCGUGACAUCAUGGCAACUUGUCUCCAUCCUCCCUUUAGCAGUAGCAUUACCUUGUCUUCUAGUUCAUCUGCAUCACAGUUGCUCAUUUUUAAAACCUGCUAUAUUCAACUUGUAAUGCCUUAGUGUUGGGGAAAUAGAUGAGAGAGAAAUUGUUCAUCUUUUUAAUUUAGAUUUUCAUGCCUGUGAUAAAACUGGGAGCAACAGUUUUUUUUCAUGGAGGGUGAAAAAGGCCGUAUAUGACGAUGGUAACUUUGGAAAGGUCAUGAUUAUAUUAACUCUUUUUUCAGGGCUUUAAUCUUGUCCGUCAUGGAUAAGUGUUAUAGUGUAGUGAGUAAUUAAAUAAUCUCAUAUGCUUAUGUAAUUUUCUACACGUGCUUACUGUUUUAUAGGGUGUCACAGUUGUUUUUUAUUGUAUUUUAUUGUAUCGCAAGUUGUUUUUCAGAAGUCUCACAUCAUUUUUGUACAGGCUUUAUGGUGAACGAGGCAUGGGCUCUUACGCACAGGCCAUAAAUACAGCAAGCUGGGGAACCCUCUGCCUCAUCCAGUACGUGUUUUGUGCAGGUCUUACAAUUUCAUGUACCGCAAUAGCAUCUGCGCUUUACAAAGUGUGUGGCCUGAUGUACGCUCACGUUAUAUAGGUGGAAUGAAGCACAGGUCUUGUAAAGUGUCGUUUGUUGGCAGCCUGGAUAGAGCCAGUGUUCGCGUCUAUGUAGGCAAUAUGAUUUUUGGCGUGGAGCAGUGAAAGUGGUCUUUCUGUUGAAUCAAAAUCUUUCUGCGGACCCCAUUAAGUCGCGGCGUUUUCACUUCAUACCUGUUUUGCUGCACGGAUGCUCCUUUGGAGGUAACUUGGCCUGGCCGUGCUCUGUGUAACGAGCAUAUGAGUUACCCUGAUGCGAGUUUGUGUUGUGGAUGUGGAUCGUGCCAUCCCGGUUGCGCUGCCUGGUGUGCCAGAACAACAAAUACCCUGACCCCAGAAGGAGAUAAGCCGUCCUGGCAAAAAACAGCUAUACCAGCGAGAGUCCCUAGUGUGUGCCGUGUUGGUUGGAGGUUGCCCUUCUCUAUAGCUCCAUCGGGAAAAUGUGUGGCGUAAACUCAUUGAGGAUUAAGCUAACAGUGAGUGAAGGCCACUUUGUUUCUGAGUAACAUUCGCCAUGCAGGGGUUUUAUGCGCUGUAAUAUUGCACUUUGAUUAAUUGUCUCACCUUUCCUGGACAAAAGCCCCAUGAUUGGUUGGCUGCACAGAUGUCAGCUUUCAGACUACAGGUAUUUUGGCAUGAGGACUACUUCAAGUGUUGGAAUUUCAUAAUUUUUCUGUCAUUCAGGAGCCUGAAUCAUCUUUUCUUAGACUUAAACCAGCCAGUUUCACUUCUGGCAAGCUCAAGCUGGAAGAUUUCAGCCUCGUAAGUGAAAAUAAAGAACCACAAAUGACUGCAGGAGCCCAGGUUGGGAGCACUGGGGCCUCCUUUAUUGUAAACCUUGCUUCUAGGCUACAUCAUGUCAAACUUAUGCUGCCAUGUGCAUGUACAUGCUCUGGGAAUAUUUCCAUUACUGCUUCCACCUGCUCUUCAUUUACCCGCUGAGGGAGAUUUCCAUGCAGCUUCUCCGUCUCUUGAAGGCUUUGGGAAUCACUAUUUUUUUGCCUUACCCUCCUCUGAUCUGGAAAAGUAUCCUCUAGGAAGGAAGCAGAGUGCAGUGACUCUGCCGUGCCCCUGUAUCCCUUUUACCAAGAAAAUUUAAUACAGACUUUAAUACAUAAGAACAUUGCAUGCUGUCAGUAGAAAUCAGCUGAUGUUGAUGAUUGUCAGUGCAAGAGGUACUGUAAAAUUUAGCCUCUUGUCUUUCUUAUGCUGCUUCUGAAGUAGAUACAUAGGAAAAUAAUACAGUUGAGAUUUUUUUUUUGUAUUACUGAUUAUCCAGCUUGAGUUAUUUAAUAAAAUAAUUUUAAAAUACACCCCUUGAUCUUUGUAAAUAACUUGUGCUGCAUGGUGGGGAUCUUACUUUUACUAUGUAGUAGUUACUGUAGUAGAAAGAUGAAAAUGGUGCUGAGGUGGCAUUUGAAGCGGAUACUUGUGACUCAUGCGGCUCUCCCCUAAUGAACUUCAUUAGCUGUUUGAUACAUAGCCACUUGUUAAGCAUGCUUGUCUAAAAUUAGGACUGGCUACAGCCAACUGUAAAUCAAAAUUAAGGAUAAAAGAUUCCACUUACUCCGGUUUAGUUUUCACACCAGAUUCAGAGCUCUGUUGCUGGUUAUCGUGCUCUUCUGGAUCUUCAGUAAGGCUUGUCCUGCUGAAAGUCUCAUGAACCACUGAAGACCCUCCAUGUAAAGGAGUCAAGUGGCAUGCAGUCUCUAGCACAGUCUCUCGGUGCUGGGGCAAUGUUUUUCCGUGUUUUAAGCUAUUGAUGGAAGAACACGGGGUGACCCAAACAGAGCACAUGGCCACCAUCGAGGCCCACGCAGUGGCCCAGCAGGUGCAGCAGGUCCAUGUGGCCACCUACACAGAGCACAGCAUGCUGAGUGCAGACGAAGACUCGCCGUCUUCACCGGAGGACACCUCCUACGAUGACUCUGACAUCCUCAACUCCACGGCUGCCGACGAGGUCACCGCCCACCUGGCUGCGGCAGGCCCUGUGGGGAUGGCAGCAGCUGCUGCCGUGGCAACGGGUAAAAAACGAAAGCGACCACACGUUUUUGAAUCCAACCCAUCAAUCCGCAAGAGGCAGCAGACACGUUUGCUACGGAAGCUCCGAGCCACACUGGAUGAGUACACCACCAGAGUGGGGCAGCAGGCCAUCGUUCUGUGCAUCUCGCCCUCCAAACCCAAUCCUGUCUUUAAAGUAUUUGGUGCUGCACCCUUGGAGAACGUGGUACGCAAGUACAAGAGCAUGAUUCUGGAAGACCUGGAGUCCGCACUAGCGGAGCAUGCUCCUGCGCCUCAAGAGGUUAACUCGGAGUUGCCGCCCCUCACCAUUGAUGGCAUUCCCGUCUCAGUGGACAAGAUGACCCAGGCACAGCUGCGAGCUUUCAUCCCUGAGAUGCUGAAGUAUUCCACAGGUCGUGGGAAACCAGGCUGGGGCAAGGAAAGCUGCAAGCCCAUCUGGUGGCCUGAGGACAUUCCCUGGGCCAACGUUCGCAGUGAUGUCCGCACAGAGGAACAGAAGCAGCGGGUGUCAUGGACCCAAGCUUUGCGGACUAUCGUGAAGAACUGCUACAAGCAGCAUGGGCGUGAAGACCUGCUCUACGCGUUUGAGGAUCAGCAGACACAGCAGCAGACUACAACCACACAUAGUAUAGCGCACCUGGUGCCGUCACAGACAGUGGUACAAACCUUCAGUAACCCUGAUGGCACCGUGUCCCUCAUCCAGGUUGGCACUGGUGCUACAGUUGCCACGCUGGCCGAUGCCUCAGAGUUGCCUACCACAGUUACCGUCGCACAAGUCAAUUAUUCUGCAGUGACUGAUGGAGAGGGUCAGCUCUGGGCACAGGAGAAUGAAGCAGUUGCCUUGAACGUCAGACGGCUGGGGAUGGCUAAAGAGCUACGACGAGUGCCAGCUUUGCUUGUGCCCAAGUGCUGGAAAACCAGAUUGGCAGCUGCUGAAGAGUGUGUGAUAGCAGAUGUGGAGCAGAACUGGGCAACGCUACAGGGGGGUGAGAUGACUAUCCAGACGACGCAGGCAUCAGAGGCCACGCAGGCGGUGGCAUCAUUAGCAGAAGCAGCGGUGGCAGCAUCUCAGGAGAUGCAACAAGGAGCCACUGUUACCAUGGCACUCAACAGUGAAGCAGCUGCUCAUGCAGUAGCCACGCUUGCUGAAGCCACUC